AGCGAAGGGGUUCAUGGUCGCCGAGGGAUCGCUGGUAUCAAGUCAACUGAAAAAAGGAAGCAGAUACAACGAGUCACACUUGAGCGUGUGAGUGUGUUGUUUGUGUGUGUGUGUGUGUGUGUGUGUGUGUGUGUGUGUGUGUGUGUGUGUGUGUAGCCAUGACAAGAGCAACAGUGGCUAAACUUCUCGUCCUCGUGAUCCUCAUCUUCAUCGUCUGCCUACCACAAUUGUUUGCCUUCAACAGAGUGUCAAAAGCGACCCUGGUCUGUUUGCCCAGCGCGCUGUGCGAGCGAGACUUCCGGGUGAAGAAGCGGGAAAGCGGUGGUGGAGAUGCUGACGUCAUCCAGAACCGGUCACGUGACCCUGCUCACAUCCGGGUGGAUGAGAAACGGUGCACGGAGAGAGAUGGCAACCGAACAUCAGAGCCCUGGACGGUGGAAGACACACACGCCAGUUGGUACAUGUGUGAAACUCAAGGGAAUGUGGAACACUUACACUCAGACGUUGUCAUCAGGAUGUCAGUGCAGCUUCAACUUGGAGAGUUCCUGAAGCUCACCUUAUAUGGUCACAGCAAUACCACCACGCUACACCUGCACCCACCUGAGAAAGAGGGGAAGAGGAGGGAUGAUGAAGGUCACAGAGAAGCAUCCUAUUGCUGUCUGUCGGUCCCGCCUACUUCGGAAAUGGCCAAUCACACCGCCUGUCUCUUCCGGCUGUCCAAUCGCACCAUUUCUAUCGCGAGAGCCAAGGAGAAGUUUCUACGGGCACAAAAAGAUAGGUGGAGUGGUGUGUUCAGGGUCCUCUGGUUAAUUCUGCUGUGUGUGGUGUUGCUGACUUGGACCUCAGCUCUCCUCAGACAUAUUAGCCGAAGGGGAGGCUGCUGCUCGAAGUCCAAGGUAAAGGUGCGUCCACUUGGAUAUGACUUUACCGGACAGCAGUUAAAAGAUGGGUGUAAAGACACAGAGAUCAACACUCUAAAAGGGAGAACUCUUCGCACCUUUGAGCCUGGUUUUAGGUGGACAGGACUAUCGCCUAUUGAAGAGGAUGAAGCUGAUGAUGACGUGGUGGAAAGUGCAGUGGAUGAAAAUGUGGAUCACUGCGAUGUCACCGCUAAUCUUCACCAGCAUCCGACAGGGGGUUUCCCCCACGGAGGAGUCGAGCCGCUGAUGUCAGACCGGCCAGGACUCAACUUCAGCAAUAAAAACACCUUUCAGCCACGAACGUCAAAGUGAAAAAAACAAAAAACAGGACACAGAUGAGGAAUAAAAAGCGUCUUCAUUUUCAACAUAGCAUUCUGACUCUUUGGGGCUUAAAUCAGACAGCAGCUGUUCCUGGUAAGUAAAUAUUAUUUUGCAUGUACGGUCACGAUCUACGCUUGUAAAGAACAUCAUGUCAUGGCUGUCUUCCAAUCAUUUCUACAACUCUUAUUUUUUUGUGAUGUAGUGAUUGGAGCACAUACUUGUUGGUCACAAAAAACAUUCAUGAAGUUUGCUUCUUUUAUGAAUUUAUUAUGGCUCUACUGAACAUGUGAGCAAAUGUGCUGGGUCAAAAGUAUACAUACAGCAAUGGUAAUAUUUGCUUACAUGUCCCUUGGCAAGUUUACCUGCAA